UUCCCCAGGAGCUGCAUUUGUUUCUGUUCAUUUUAGUUCCUUGAAGUUCAUAAAGAGGUUUUUCUCAAAAAAGGUCAGACGCCAUCUGCCAGCUACUACCGUUGGCAGACAAAAUGGAAGCAGCGAGAACUCCUGCAGGAGAAGAAGACAGAUUUUCGGAAACUUCCAUGGCAGGAUCUUGUGAAAUCAGCAACCUCAUCUCCAAUUAUAUCAGCGCCAUGUAUCAGCCAGAGGAAGCCCCACCAGACCCUGAUCUGUUAACCCACCUUGUUGAAGAUGACAACCUAUCUCUUGUUCUGACUAAUGCAAGCAUGGCAACUGAGACAACAGGCAAACCAACAUGGUAUGGUGAAAUGCCACACAGCUGGAGCAGGUCUCAAGUGCUGGAGUGGAUCAGCUAUCAUGUGGAGAAAAACAAGUAUGAUGCCAGUGCCAUAGAUUUCUCCUGCUGCAACAUGGAUGGCUACACCCUUUGCCAAUACACACGAGAUCAGCUGGGACUUAUCUUUGGGCCCCUUGGGGAUGAGUUAUAUGACCGCUUGCAUGAGACGGAUGAACUUGGCUGGAUCAUGUCAGUGCUGAGGACUGAGGAUGUAUCACAGGAGGCCCUUCUGGAAUCCAGUCCUUUAGAAUUGGGGAACUCAUGCAGCCAGGACUAUCUGGAGGAAAUGAAGUUAGCAAGCAUUUUUUCACAGUCAGAUCUUGGCUACAUCUCUGGAGCCAUGUCACCAGACAGCUCUGCAUCUCUAGCAGGGACAAUGUCUCAGAGCCCUCAAUCUCAGGACUCCGGUGGAAGUGAUCUAGAUCUUGAUCCCAUAGACAUAAAACACUGCAACUUUUCUAAUGAAUAUAAGAAAGAAGAUCUUAAGAAAAGGAAAAGGGGACGACCAAGAAAGAUCAGCAAGGACAGCAGAGACUGCCUGGAGUCUAAAAAGAAUAAACACUCACCAAGAGGGAUCCACCUGUGGGAAUUCAUUCGGGACAUCCUAAUUCAUCCUGAGCUGAAUGAGGGUUUGCUAAAGUGGGAAGACCGUCGAGAAGGCAUUUUCAAAUUCCUGAGAUCAGAGGCUGUAGCCCAGCUCUGGGGACAAAAGAAAAAAAAUAGUAGCAUGACCUAUGAGAAACUCAGCCGUGCCAUGAGGUAUUACUACAAACGGGAAAUUCUGGAACGUGUGGACGGCCGGAGACUUGUGUACAAGUUUGGGAAAAACUCCAGUGGUUGGAAGGAGGAAGAGGUGCAAGACCAGAGCUAAACAGCUACAAGAGCCUCCCAUGGACUUGAAUAUGGCCCACUCUUACUUGGAGGCCCCCCUCUGAGGAUAAUGGAUUGUCAUGGGCCCAGAACUAUGAAAUUGCUGUCUGAAGCAGUGUGUUGUUAAAACUCCAGCCCUACAUGGGGCAAAGUGUGUAUGCUGGCUCCCAUAAGGGAGUUCAACCAAUUACAGCUGAUAUUUUGGCUCAAGUAGGUUAUUGUGAACCGUUAUUAUUUUGUUGCAAUUGGAAUUUGGCAGCCUGCAACUCUGAAUUAGGAUUACAAUGCCUUCGGCUGUCUAAGACUGUGCACAAAGCUCAUUGAGGCAGAAGGAACAGGCUGUUCUUGGCUAUUCCUGGAGGGCCAUUCCCAAAACAUCAAGUAAUUUGCUGAUUGAAGGUGAACGCUGUGGUCAGCUAUUUGUGGGAAACUCUGUUCUGACACUGUUCAACCAUAACAUAGGAAUGCUGAUAAGCCUGAUAGACACUUUGGAGAGCCAGGUGGACAUGUAGUUUCCCAUCCAGCAACUGACUGUUUACCAGCAAAUGCUCCUGUUUAACAGGCAGAAAAUUGGCAACAGCAAACCUGAUAUCAUUAUGGAUUUCACAUCAAUCCAGAGAGCAAGGUUUAGUAGCCACAGAUCUGAUUCUUCUCCAGCUGAUUCAGUAUAUGUGUGUCUAGAAAGGAAAAACUUUUUUGCCCUAGCCUAGAAAGUGCUACAACUUUCUCUAUGAAUAGCCUCUUCUUGCUCUUAAUUUAUAUGUUUUAUAUAUAUAUGUGUGUGUGUGUAUAUAAUGUACAUAGAUAUCUAUUUUUUUCAUAACUAAGUUUGUGUGAUUGUAUCAGGAAGCCCUGGGCUUUUUCAAAAACUGAUGAUUAUUGUUGCUAAUAUUCAGCUGGGCUGAACAAAUAAAAAAUCUUUAUUUUGAAAUCAAAAAGUGUUUGUAAGAUGUUUGCAUCUGUUCAUUGGUGUCUCCAGGAGAGUCCUAUGUGAUGUACAGGCCUCCUGCUUUUUAAUAACAAUUAACCAAUAAAUAUUGCUUUGUUGGUUUUUAA